GGGCAAUAAAGAGACUCCAGGAUGAUUUGCUAUGGGCAGUCGUCAAGGCUCGAAUUGUACAAAGAGCAGGCGCUUAAACUCUUGGACAAUCAAUCCGCUUAUUACUGCUUUUGUACGGAGAAAAGACUGGAAUUGUUGAGGAGAGAGGCUAUAAAGUGUGGACAAGUACCUAAAUAUGACAAUAGGUGUCGACAUUUUACCAAGGAUCAAGUAAAGGAAAUGCUCUGGAAAAAUAUCACUUAUUGUAUUAGAUUUAAGUUGGUGUCCACACCGGCGGCCUUUCACGACAUAGUUUACGGCGACGUGUUGCAUGAUCUUACCAAGUCCGAGGGAGAUCCAGUUAUCAUAAAAUCAGAUGGCUAUCCCACUUACCAUUUUGCAAAUGUAGUCGAUGACCAUUUUAUGGAAAUAUCUCAUGUCUUACGGGACGUUGAAUGACAAGUUUCUACACCUAAGCAUAUUAUGCUUUACAAAAAUCUUGUCUAUCGUGCAGAGCGCUUGGCUGGAAUCCUCCCAUAUAUGGACACUUACCUUUUAAUAUUAAACGCGGAUGGAUCCAAGUUGUCCAAGAGACAGGGUGACAUCAAAAUCGAGUCAUUUAGGAAACAGGGUAUUUUUCCACUAGCGUUAUUGAAUUACGUGAUAGGGGCUGGUGGUGGUUUCCACAAAGAACGAGAAAACCAACAUCUUUACAGUUAUCAAGCAUUAAUUAAACAAAUCUUCAUAAACAGGUAAUUACGACCUGGUACUUUUGUACGUCGAGUUUUCUUCACGCGGUCCGAGAAUAUAUAUAGAUAUAU